UAAAAUAAAAAUACCUGCAGCUCUGCUCUGCAUUCAGAUGUGUUGUUUGCAACAACACUGCAAAGCUCAUGGAUGUGACAGGUGGACAGCACUUGAGUUUCCCCCAUGUUCCUGUGUGCGUCCUGCAGCAAAGCAGGAAGGACUCCUCUGGAGCCCACAGCAGCCCCUGCUCCCAGUGCCACUCUCAGCCAGCACCAGCUGGAGCUCAAGCAAGAAAGCUGCAGAAAGGUUCUCUUGCAAAGAGAGAGGCUCAAGCUUGCAAUAGGCUUACAAUAAGUCUCCCUCAGAGAAAUGUGUACUAACUUUGUUCUGCCGUAUCCUCUUUGACAGGCAGCUGUGUUCAAUGUCAGCAAAUGCCCAACAGCAGCUCUGUGAGCGAGUUCCUCCUCUUGGCAUUCGCAGACACACGGGAGCUGCAGCUCUUGCACUUCGGGCUCUUCCUGAGCAUCUACCUGGCUGCCCUCCUGGACAACGGCCUCAUCAUCACAGCCGUAGCCUGCGACCACCGCCUCCACACCCCCAUGUACUUCUUCCUCCUCAACCUCGCCCUCAUCGAUGUGGGAUCCAUCUCCAUCACUGUCCCCAAAGCCAUGGGCAAUUCCCUCUGGGACACCAAGGCCAUCUCCUACCAAGGAUGUGUUGCACAAGUCUUUUUUCUCUUUUUCAUUGCAUCAGCAGAGUAUUCCUUUCUAACUGUCAUGGCCUAUGACCGCUACAUUGCCAUCUGCAAGCCCCUGCACUACAGGACCCUCCUGAGCAGCAGAGCUUGUGCCCAGAUGGCAGCAGCUGCCUGGGGCAGUGGCUUUCUCAAUGCUGUCAUGCACACGGCCAAUACAUUUUCCCUGCCCCUCUGCCAUGGUAAUGCUGUGGACCAGUUCUUUUGUGAAAUCCCCCAGAUCCUCAAGCUCUCCUGCUCAGAUGCAUAUCUCAGGGAAGCUGGAGUAGUUGUUUUUAGUGUUUCUGUGUUAUUUGGUUGUUCUAUUUUUAUUGUUAUUUCCUAUAUGCAGAUCUUCAGGGUAGUGAUGAGGAUGCCCUCUGAGCAGGGACGUCACAAAGCCUUUUCCACGUGCCUCCCUCACCUGGCCGUGGUCUCCCUGAUGGUCAGCACUGGCAUGUUUGCCUACCUGAAGCCCCCCUCCAUCUCUUCCCCAUCCCUGGACCUGGUGGUCGCAGUUCUGUACUCAGUAGUGCCUCCAGCUGUGAACCCCCUCAUCUACAGCAUGAGGAACCAAGAACUAAGAGAUGCGGUGAGGACACUGCUUGAAUACAUAAAUUUUCAGCAUAUUCACCUAUAA